UGUAUUAUCUAAAUACAUACUUUGUUCUUUGAAGCACAGCAUCUGCUUCUUCGGAAAAAGAAAUCCAAAUUUGCAGACAACCACGUCGCUACCACGUCUGUCAUUCAGCUGACCCGCUUCUCCAAGUAUGUACUGAUAAAAAUUAUUCAGGAAUAAGGUGCUAUUUAGUGCCACCAAAAUUAAUUUAGGUGCUCACUUGGUUUCCGAGAAAUUCGAGAAAAAUGUGUAUGGGUUAUCUGGCGUAAUGUUAAGCUGGCUGACCCACUUAUUAAAUUUUGGUCGAACACCAAUUAAUUUUAUUGGGGAAUUACAUGCUUUUUAGGACCACCAAAAUUAUUUUAGGUUCUCACUUAGUUUCCGAGGAAUUCGCGAGACAUCUCGGCGGCUGGCCCACUUAUUAAGUUUUAGUGGAAUUUUUUGGAAACUAUGUGGGUUUCUAAAAUAAUUUUGGUGGCCUUAAAAAGCACGUAAAUAGCACCUAAUUCCUGGAUAAUUCGACGAAAUUUUACAUUGUUGCGAUUUUCUCGUAAACUAAAUGAGCUACUAAAUUAACUUCUGUGCCACUAAAUAGCAGGCGUGGCAGACGUUCUGCUGCCUUUUUGGAGUCAACAACACUAAUUGAGUCGAGCUUAUGCCAGUUUUUAAUUGGGGUCAACUGUGCACCUUUCCGAUUGCAACCUCUCUCUUUCCUGCCAACGGUGUAACAAGUUAAUUCGCAUUCGUACUACAUACAUACAUGUUAGCGUGUGAAUGUACGUAAGUUCUCACUCUUAAUCCUUAUCCUUAAAAUGCUCUUUUAGUGGAACUAGCGAAAAAGAAGAGAACAAAUGCAAACGCGCUUUCCGCAUAAAACUAUAUUUCACAGCUUCCACCCUCACACACAUAUUCGCUUUACCAUAAGUUUCCGCUCAGCUGUACAACUAUUCUCUCCCUCUGCUCAUCUCUUAAAGUUUCGUCUUCUGUCGUGUGCAAAUACUUUUUAAGGUCACUGUCGAUGACGAGUGUAUCUUAUUUCCCUCCCUAACUGAAAGUCAUAUCCUCCGAAUUCUCUCUUUGUGCAUCAUCCAGCUAUGUGCUUUUUCGCCUUUUCGUCGUCCUUCGGUCUGUUCACUCUAUUGGCUAACACGUAGACAGGCAGGCGCUCUGUCGGUCGGUCAGUCGCGACAGGCAAUACUAAGCUGAUAGGCGCUUCAAGUUGACUGUUGAUGCCAUAUCAUUUAUUUAUUUAGCUGCAAUCUGCUGCGCUUCAUGGUGGACGACGUAUGCGUAAUUUUCUUCACCAUUUCAGUAACAAUCGAAAUUUCAGUGCAGCAGACAGCCGUGAAAGAAAAAUUAUAAAAAUAAUAUAGCAAAAAAAUAUAUAUAGAGAGCUAUAUAUAACAGCCAUAAAUAAGCGCAAAAACAACAAUAAAAAUGACCGAAGUUGAACAGCAGCCACCGCCACAGAAUGGCAUAGACUUAUCCGCCGCCGAGGAAGAUGAUAGCAGUAAAGCGCGACCAGCAGAUAUUGAGCAGGAUAUGCGUGAAAUGGAGCGCCGCAAGCGUGUUGAGGCCAUUAUGGGUUCCAAGCUCUUUCGCGAAGAAUUGGAGCGCAUUGUGGAUUCCGCACGUGAUGGUGGCGGCAUACUGCAACAGCUGUCCGAUAUAAUGGGCGUACCGACAUCAACGCGCGUUGGUAAUGUCUUCAAGGCUACGAAUUGUAUGCUGCCAAUCAAUGAUAUACGCGGCGUUGAAUCGAUGGGCUAUGCCAAGGGUGAGAAGAUUUUGCGUUGCAAAUUGGCUGCCACAUUCCGUUUGUUGGAUUUAUACGGUUGGACGCAAGGAUUGGGUGCACAAAUUACCGCACGUCUUAAGGUUGAUCAGGAGAAUUUCCUUGUGAAUCCAUAUGGCAUGAUGUAUCACGAAAUCACGGCGUCAUCGCUGAACAGAGUUGAUAUGCAGGGUCAGAUUGUGGAGCAGGGCACCACCAAUUUCGGAGUGAACAAGAAUCACUUCGCCUUGCACUCGGUGGUACAUGCCGCCCGCCCCGACAUCCGUUGCGCCAUCUACAUUGGCUGCACACCCGUCGUUGCUGUCUCUUCGCUAAAGGUCGGUCUACUGCCAUUGACACGCGACGCUUGCGUUUUGGGUGAAAUAACCACACACUCAUACACGGGCACACAAAUGGAUGCCGAUGAACGUGAUCGACUGGUGCGCGCACUCGGUCCCAACUCCAAGGUGUUGAUACUCAGCAAUUAUGGUGCAUUGUGUUGUGGUGAAACCAUCGAAGAGGCAUUCUUUGCUGCCAGCCAUAUUGUUAAGGCAUGUGAAACACAAUUACAACUACUGCCAGUUGGUGUAGACAAUUUGGUUUUGAUACCAGAGGAAUCGCGUAAAGCGAUUUUUGCAGAUGCUCGCCGCCCACCUGAGGAUUUGGAGAAGAAAUUUGCAGCUGCUGUGGCUACAGUCGAAGCAAAUGCUGCUGAGGCCGCAGGCGCUGCUGAUGGUGCUGCUGAUGGUAGUGGAGCAAUCGCUGUUAAAGCUGCUGUUGCUGGUGGCGCACCCAAGUGGCGUGUAGGUGGCGCUGAAUUUGAAGCGCUUAUGCGCAUGCUGGACAACGCCGGCUAUCGUACGGGUUACAUUUAUCGCCAUCCACUUAUUAAAUCGGAUCCGCCAAAGCCGAAGAAUGAUGUUGAACUGCCACCAGCGGUUAGCUCGCUGGGUUAUCUACUCGAGGAAGAGGAACUCUUGAAGCAAGGCAUUUGGAAGAAGGGCGAUUUGCGCAAGGGCGGCGAUCGAAGCCGAUGGCUCAACUCGCCAAAUGUCUAUCAGAAGGUUGAAGUACUGGAAACAGGCACACCCGAUCCCAAGAAGAUUACAAAGUGGGUCGCUGAAGGUUCACCAACACACUCUACACCAGUACGCAUCGAAGAUCCGUUGCAAUUUGUGCCAGCGGGAACAAAUCCAAAAGAAUUCAAGCGCUUGCAACAACAGAUCAAAGACAAUCGUCGCGCUGAUAAAAUAUCCGCCGGACCACAAUCACACAUCCUCGAAGGCGUUACAUGGGAUGAGGCCAAUCGCAUUAAGGAUGCGACUGUUUCAUCAGCCGGCGAUCAUGUUGUGCUAAUGGGCGCCGCCUCCAAGGGCAUCAUACAACGUGGCUAUCAGCAUAAUGCGGCCGUUUACAAAGCACCAUAUGCCAAGAACCCAUUCGAUAAUGUAACCGAUGAUGAAUUGAAUGAAUACAAACGCACGGUGGAGCGUAAGAAGAAGAGCAUUCAUGGUGAAUAUACCGAUACUGAUUUCUCCGAAUCGGAGCCGUUGAGUUCGAUGCCAAUCUCAGCACCACAACAGACGAAGCAAUUAACAAUCACAACUGCCGCAGUUAGUCAAUCAGAACCAGAAGAUGUUUCAGAACACCAAGUGAUGAGAAUAGAAACUAAACAAGCGCCAGUUCCAAGCCAACCCGAAUUAGUAUUGAGCGAUGACUUAGAUGAAGCUGUUAAAUAUUCCGAAGAAGAAGAUUAUUCAAGUAGUCCAAUUUACGAAAAUAUCGUCGAAAAAUCCAAUGCACACAAAAGUUCAAUUGCAAAUUACAAUAACAAUGUGAACAACAGCAGCAAUAAUAUCAACAAUCAAUGUCUACUUCAUACGCAUGCAAUCAAUGAAGCCAAUGAUAUUUUAGAUUUACCCAAGCAACAGCAAGCGCACCAAUCGAACAAAGAGAAUAUUUAUUGCGGCAAUACUAACAUCAAACGCAAUACAGCGCUCAUAGCCGAACUGAAGAAAGAUGCACAAUUUCAGCGUCAAAAGCACAAAUUACAAUCGAAAGAGUGCAUGGUUAGGCAGGGUCGUAAUUAUAAUUGUAGAAGUACGCUUCUAAAGUGUAGUGGUAGUGAGAAAAGUCCAGGUCGCGUUGGUGACAGUGAUGGCGAAAGUGCAGUGGGUUCACAGAACAUUGAGUCCUCGGGCGGUAAUAUACAACAGCAGCGUAUCAAUGUUGAGUCUAUAGGUUUUCGUCCCAUUCAUCCGAUCGAACCGCGCGCCGACGCUUCUGAAACUUUUACCCAGCAACCACAGUUUUGUUAUGCCGAUUCUAAUAAUAAUGUACGUGGUGAUGGUGGGGGCUGUCAUCAUCACUGUCAAAUCUACCAUCAACGACAGCGCCAGCACACGGGGCCUGCUGUAGGCAUUGUUACGCUGCCACAUUUCGAACAGGCUUUCGGACAUUUACUGGGUCGUCCUGCGACUACUGACUUUUGUGGCAUCUAUUAUGAUAACUAUCCGCCUGACUAUGAAUCGAUUUACGACAGACCGCAAUAUGUAGAGCCCGUUAAUACCGGUUCCGUUGUCACCACAACCUCUGACAUCGAUGAAGCUGAAAAUCCCUAUAAGAAAGCAAAUGAUUGUUGCACGCCUGCUGUUUGCGACAGCGUUUUUGAGGCGUUGCGCAAGCCUGCUGCUAACGACAACAAUUUAAUAUUGAAUAUACCCUUUACAGCCGAAUCACCCGACACUACAAAUACAACGAUGAGUACACCUCGCAAAACUCGCGCCGAUUCGCCACAUAAGACCGACGGCACGUCCAAUGGCUGUGGCAAUGGCGUUGCCGGAAAGCAUCCAGUUGCACACAGUCCCUACCGCACGCUCUCCCACUUCGGCUUCAAUUCACCACAACGCCAUCCGCAGCCCGAACAUAAGCAUAUACCCUCUGCUACAGAGACAAAAAAGUAUGUGCCCUUGCGCAAAUCAAUCUCAUAUGAGGAGAUCUUCUCGUCGCCGCGUUACGUUGAUCUCUGUGAGAACUGCUUCGAGAAGAUCGUACGUCUAAAGCCAGAAAUCGCGCAGCAGACACAAAUGCGGCUACGUAAUUUAUACGACUUUAAUGGCGCAAGUGCUGUAGCUGGACGCGCGCGUGCCGCCACAUGUCCAGGCAUUAUGUAUCAGCCAGCUACGGAUGGUGUGUCGUACGACUAUGUGGAGUACGCGAGCUCUGAUACUACUGAAGAAAUACUGCCACUAUUCUCUUCUCAACUCGAACCGGUGUUGGAGGUGGUGGAGGAAGUCGAACCAGAGAGCCUUGAAGAUGCAAACAUAACUAAGAAAGUAGCAGCGACUGCCGCACAGAACUUGUAUCGCACACCAUCCAAUUCAAGUUUCAUUGAGAAAAUUAUGCGUCUAAACUACUCAGAGGAAUCUGCAGAUUGGGAUUUUGCGCAUGCGCCACAUAAAAUCGCGAGCAGCACUAAUCUUACUUUGGAGCUGGAACGCGCUAUCAGACAGAAUAGUCAGCGCGACCAGCAACAGGACGAUGAGAAAAGAAAAGACGUCGAGGCAGCUGCUAUAGGGACGGAGACCAAGCACUAUAACACCGACAUGGAGUCUGAGUUAGAGCCGCAAAACAAUGAAAAUGCUUUGACAAUGUGUGUGAAUGUUGAAAACGAAGGUGCGACGCAUUCACCACAACGUCUAUCUGUUACAGAAAUUUGGGAAUUUAUGCAUUGGCAAGAUGAAGCUCGUGCGUCACAUCAGCAGCUGCAAUCCGACCACGAAGUCGCGCAACCGUUUUCACAAAAUGAUGGCGUCAAUAUACCACACAAAGGCUCAAUUUGUUUAUACUACGAAAACGCGCGUGAAGGCACAUCCAACAAGAAUAGGGCUAGUGGAGGCACAGGUGCACCUCGCGACAACACUAAAUCUCAAGAGGAUCAUGGGAAUCAAAGCCACAGGUCGGCUUCAGCAUCGCGCUCUGCAGAAGCAUCUGACGAGUCAGUAAGGCAAGAGCGACGCCGCUCUUUGAUGACGCGUGAGGAACGCAGCCGUCGCAAACUAGUUUUCCAGGAGCUUUGGGAAGAUCAUAUCUUCUUCCUUGACGGCAAAGAAACGAACACAUUGAGCGAUACUGAAUCAGCUAUCGAUGGACAACAGGAGCAACAAAGCACAGCAGACGCUGAUGGAGUUGCGACUGAAAGCAGCGAGACUUGUACCAGCGCCACUGUGGAACAAGAUGUUACGAACGAGCUUAACGUGGGCAAUGAGUUGUUACUGAUGCGCACGGAAGAAGGCAAUGCGCGGUCCAGUGUUGUACCUUCGACGACGACGACGACAACCUUGCAAAGUAACGAACCACAGGUGGUUGAUGCUGAGGUAUUCCAUACUCGCAGCGUUAUUUUAAACAACUGCUCAAGCAAUGCCGCCAUGCGAACUUCGUGCAAUGAGUGCGGCGAUGAUUUCGAUAAGAUUACCACUAAAUCGGAGACAUUAAUGAAACUGCAGCAAACGGAAGUAAGACAUUUUUCCAUAAAUGAACCAGCGUGCACUCAUAAAGAGUGCGAGGCGUCGACUUUCCAAACUUCUGUGAUGGAGGGGUCGAAUCCUGCCGAAGAUGCAACACCUUUUUACCAUGAAGUUAUCUCACAAGCUCAUGGCGAGCGUGGAAGUUCAUCUGCUACACUUCAAAUGUCGGCAAGUAAAAGGAGAUUCGAAAAAAGUGAAAAUCCAACUACACCUGUUAAUAGGUCGUCUGCUACAAGACCACUCGAUAAAGAGAUGUCGGAAUUAUUUUCAAAAUCAAACGAUCUGAACUCUUCGCCCUCACCGAACAGAGCUUUCUUGCCAACCUCCUCCCUUAAAACCUCAUUAGAACGUCAAAAGCCGGAGCCAAAAUCCACCGAAGUACUGACAGAAUCGAAACUGUUUAGUUACCAAGCUAACAUAACUCUUACAAAGAGCGACCACGAAAAACGAUCAAUUCCUGCAGCAAUAACACACAAUACAAAAUCCCUCGGUAAAUCGGUUGUGGUAGCUCAUCCUAUUCCUUAUACUGUCGAACACACAAUCGCUAACCCUUUGCCCAUCCAACCGCAUGCACAAAAAUCUUCGCCUAAACCAGCCCAGAGAUUCGAGACGGACAGACCGCCAACACCAAAGCCACCAAUAACCAAAACAAAUUUUAGGAAACUCUCCACUCCUGAACCUCAAACGACCAUUCCAGAGUAUGACCCAAAGAUGGCAGCUAGCUUGCACGCAUCCUUGGGUGAAGAGAGCACUUCAGAAAGUGAUGACGAUCAAUCGGCGCGCACCUACAACGUUGAUGCAGCUUCGCAAGAGUGCUUGUUUUUUCGUGAACAUCAGCUGGCGAACGCUGCUACUGACGCUGCUACUGGUCGAACUGAUAGCGAAGAUGAUGAAAUAUGUCUCGCAACAAUUGGACGAAAUGUAGAUGGCGUCCAAUUCAUGGAAACUAAAGUUGCAAGUGUGCAGGAAGUUGUUGACAUUGUGUUAAAUGAACUCAAGUCGCCGCCAAUAGAGCGUGCAAGGGCCGGAAUGGCGCUACCUACGGACGAUGAAAAACCGAAGUCUGAGCACACGAACACAAACGUUACGCACAUAGCUCCGAAUGUUGCGCGCGUCGCACAACUAGCUGCUGAGGCACUGAAAGAACCUUCGACUACGGUAUAUGCCGCAGCGCCGAGGAUAUUAAAACGGCCACGUAGGAGAACGAAUGUGCUGGCUAAAUCGAACAGCAACGUAGCAUCCACAUCCGGUCAGGCCGCACAGCGUAAAGCAGCAGAGCUGGAGUUGGCAUACAAACCUAAGUUCGAGGAGUAUGUGCUCUUCAAACAGAAUAUUCCUUCGCCAUCCAUUUCGAUGCGGGCACACCUAGCCACCGAAUGCGACAGAGAUGUGGAGGAUACGUCAGCGCUUGCGCUUGAUAAGGAUGAAAUGGAAUUCGCUGAGCUGCUAGAAUCCGAGGAGCAUAUAGAUCUCACCAGGUUGAGCGAAGAGUUCGAAGAACUGUUAUUAAAUGUGGAGAAUCUGCAGCUACAACCGCAAGCACGCGAACUUGGCGGCGCUGAGACAUACGCAGCAGCUGACGAGCGGGAAGACAGCAAUAACGUGGUUGCUGAAGCGGAGAGCCAUUUUAAUGCAAUGGAGCGUAAAAUACUACGCAAAAUCAGAGAGAAUCAGCUGAAUGAGAGCGAAGAGAUUUUUGAUAAAAUUGAAAUGACCAUACGCAACAAAAUUACGCCUAACCAAUUGGAACUGCAGAUUAAAGAACAGUCGUCGUUAACUAAGCUUGACCAGACUCAGGUAACGCUUGCAAAAUCGCAGAGUUCACAAAGCACUAUCACUGCAUCAACGCCAGAGAGACACUCGGCUAUCGCACACAGCUCCUUUGGUGUUAGUUUUCUGCGUGAGCGAGAUGCCUUCGAGACAGAUAUGGCAGAGCCCGAUGCCAAUUUGAGCGAUGCGGAUGCAGACGAAUCUUCCACACUAACACCGCACGGCACGCGUUACUGCAGUCGCGGUUCGGAAGAUUUCAACACCACACAAGCCGAUUUUUCGGCGAUAUUGACAUCCUCGUCCUGCUCAGCAAACCUAAAAUUACGUCGUUCACGCUCACUAACACCGUCCACGGGAAAUUGCGAGCUAUCGCCGCCGCCUCCCAAACUAAACAAGACUACCACACCACCUCAGGAAAUGCGUAAGUCGCUGAGCGCGCAUGACUCUCAAAGUAAUUUAACGGCGGCUGCCUGCAAAUCUAAGUCAGGUACGUGUGCCUCAGCCAUAAGGCCACGGGAUAGCAGUUCCACCCCGGAAAUUAAGUCCGCAAAACGUAAUUUCAUAUUAGAAAACAUACGCAAUGCGGCCAUACCGCGACACAGCGGUGUUAGUGGCGGUGGCGGUGGCAGCGGCAGUGUAAAACGCUUGCAGGGCAAUGCACAUGCGAUAUUUUGCAAGAAUCCAUUUGGACCAGUUACAAAUUCAACUAGCGGUAACAGCAAAAUGUUGCUUAGCAAUAUGUCCACUAGCAGUUUGACCAGUUCGACCACCUCCUCCAACCGAACGGUUGGAAACAGCAAACAGCUCAGUCCACGUAACUCCUCAACAGGCGUGUAUACCUUCCAAUCGAAGUUGGUACGUGGUUCACCACGCUUUUGGGUGAGCCUCACACAACCAACCGCUGCCAAAAAGUUGCAGACGCAGAAGCGUCGUAGGCGCUCACAGCAACAACAGCAAUAUCACCAUCAUCGAUCCAUGCAAAUUGAAGCACACGAUUCAACAGGUAGUUUGCGGGACUUCUCCGAUUUGAUGGACAAUGAGCAGAGCGAAGAACCAGAGGCGGAGGGAGAGAUGAUGGGCGAUGAAGAACAGGCCAGUGUACUGAAUGAGGAGCAACGCUCAAUGGGAGCGAAUGAAGAAGCGGUCGAAAUAGUGAACUUGGAUAUUGUAGAAUCGCAAGAAAUAUCUGAUGGCCUUGAUAUAGCGAAUAGGCUAAGUGAUGAUGUUGCUGGUGGUGGUAGUGUUGUUGAUGGUGGCGUGGAACAAGAGCUCGUCGCGCUCGAUGAGCAAAUACAAAAAAUUCAACCACGUCUCGAUAAUUAUAAGUGCAAAAUGCGUGACUUCGGUGAUCACCUUGCCAAGUGUACGCGUCAUAUGGACGAUUGCAUUGCUGUGCAAGGUGAUAUUGUCGAAGAGCAACGUCAGUUGCGCGAACAAAUGGCGUUGCAGCAGUAUGUGGAGCAUAUUGUGUGCCAAGUUCAAACGUAUUCUAUCUCGGAGACUGAGGAUUAGUGCGUAUGUGUGUGUGGUGGUUUUUAGAAGCGCGGUCAGGGUUGACAUUUCCGAACAGAUAGAGUUUUUUAGAAUGAAAUUUUUACUUCCCGGUAAUGUAAGUUUUUUCAAUAUAUUUUUUUCCAAACUAAACAAUCUA